AUGAAGGGAACGUCGGUCGUGGUGGAUGUACCUCAUGAGUAUUGGAAGUUAUUAGCUGAUGCAAAAUCGAGACGAACUCAGAAUAUUCCACUGAUUUUUGUCAUUAAACAUAAUGAUAGACAAGUUUCACAUUUAGAACGAAAGUUCCAACAAACGACCUUAGACACUUAUCAGCAUCGCAUCAGUGGACAACUAACAUUGAAAACGAAGCAAUUUCAAAUACCAAGCAUUGUUUCUGACCAUAUUGAACACAUUGAAGGAUUAAGUAAAUUUCCAGUUCUACUAAACACAGCUGUACCGAAGCAUCCAUUAGCCAAUAAGGCACAAUCAAAUGCCCCUAUCAUAAUAUCUCUUACGCCAAAUGAAAAAAACAUUGAGUUUUUUAUUGAAUUAAAAUGUUCAAAUGGCAAAAUAGCAUAUGCUAUCAUAUGUCCAGAAUUUGAAGGCUACAAGGUCACUUUACGAACUCUCGGAUCAACAACAAGUCAAACUGUGUCAUUGGCGAACGCCAACUGCAGGUUUUACACUUUGCAGUAUAUUGUGUUCUGUCGUUUUGUUCUCACAUUUAAUAUUCGCAAAUACCAGCAGAAUAAAAUUUCUAUUCAAUCAAAAUUUGUUGAGAAUGGCCAGACAAGUUAUUCUGCUUCAGUCAGCAAGGAAUUUGAAGAAGUAUCUAAAGUAACACCAUCGCUUCUGUCAUCACUGUAUAAUGUCAACACGAGUACACUUAAACAGAAACGUCAUGCUAAGAGUAGACAAGCUGUUGUUGGGUUUUCAAAUUAUUAUAAUUUAAAAUCGUUCACAGCAUUUGCGCAAAGCUUUGGGAAAAACUUCAAUUUAAAGAUUGGUAAAGUCUAUGGAACUGAUUAUAAGAAUAAAUCGUAUCAUGAGAAUGAAACAUCGUUGGACAUGGAAUAUAUGGCAGCAAUGGGUGCCGGUAUCGUAACAGAUUAUAUUUCAGGUAGCACUUACGAUUAUGAUUUCACACAAUUUUUCGCCACAUUAGCGAUGUUGGAGUCAAAUAAGCGUAAUGUUGUUCCACUCGUUUAUUCCAUAAGUUAUGCUACUGACGAAAGAGCACAUGGAGCAAAAGGUGUUCGUAUGAUUGAUAUAAACUUUAUGAAGAUGGGGGUCUCGGGAAAGACGGUUUUUGCUGCUUCAGGUGAUAAUGGAGUAUGGGCUCAGUCUGGAGCUUGUCCAAAACGGUUUGGCCCGGUAUAUGCGAGUUCAUCACCUUAUAUCACAAGUGUUGGAGGCACACAGUUGAUUCAUGGUGUUAACGGUAGUUGUCGAUACAUAUCACAAGAGAGUGGCAUAUGUCUUGAAGAAAUUGUUGCUUAUAAGAAUGCCUUGACAAAUUGUCUCAUAACAUCUGGUGGUGGAUUUUCUGAAUAUCAUUCAACACCAACCUGGCAAAAGCCAUUUGUUCAGAAUUAUUUGACUUCUGCCGGUAAACGUCUACCACCAUCAACAUAUUUUAACAAAAGUAAUCGUGCAUAUCCUGAUAUCAGUCUACUUGCACACGGUUACAGGUAUAAACAGAGUAACACUGAUUAUGUUGUCGAUGGUACAUCAGCCAGCAGUCCAGCCAUUGCUGGUCUGUUCAGUUUAAUUAAUGAUCAAAGAUUAAAACUUGGUAUGAAGCCAUUGGGUUUUUUAAAUCCCUUACUUUAUCGAUUAGCAAAAACAAAUCCAGGAGUAUUCUACGAUAUUGUUACAGGCAAAAACAAUUGUAAUCGUCAGUCAUGCUGUCAGUAUGGUUUUGAAGCACAAAAGGGAUACGAUCCUGUCACCGGUCUUGGGUCAAUUAAUCAUGAACUAAUGAUGAAAUUACUGACGAAAAACGCAAGUGGUUGA